AUGGCUUCAGGUCUCGACUCUUCUGCUUACUUCCUCGAGCGGCUCGCGAAGGUUGGCUUGUCAAAUGAGCUGAGGGACGCGCUGGCCCGAGCCGGGUACACGACCUUUGGGGCUCUUGCUUUUGCGGUCUCCUCGACCCCGGGUGCAGCUAGCGAUGAGGCCGUCUCCCGGUGGGCGCUGCACCUUGCAGAUCCGCUACCGAGUGAGCACCAAAUGUCAGUGUUGCGCCGCUUGCUCUUCGAAGCGCAGUCAAUGUCGAUUGCCGAGAUGCGUGACCGGGUGAAUCAGGCGCCAGGCGAGGCUCCCACUCGCAAGCUGCCAAUGAUAGAGCGGGCUGAAAGACUCAAAGCCCUGCGUCGAAAGUUGCCUGGACUUAUCUUGACCCCGGACACUCUGCCAGCAAACCGCUUAGUGGAUAACUACGUUGACCAGCUUGAUUCGGGUGUGCUCAGCUACGUGAAGCCAGACGCGUGCAUCAGCCGAGCACAGGAGAUGGACUCCAACAAGAGGGAUCCGACCUUGCAGGUACAGGGAAAUGAGCUGAAGCUUGCCGCCAAGCAAGUGGAGCUGAGGUGCUCCAUCAGCACUGACAUGCAGUUGAGGCAAGCUUGGACUCGGAGGUCCCUUGCGAUGGAGCUUGCGCAGCUUGCCUCAUACACCGUGCUAGAAACCUGGGUUCAAAGCCUGUUCUCGAGGAUGCAGCGGGAGCCUCCUGCGGGGUAUCACUCAGUCUCGCUCUCUCAGGUUAUGGCUGCAGACCGGGAGCUUUUUCAGCUGUUGUCGCACAACCUUAUGGGGCAGAUCCAGGCGUCGGCUGGCGCUGCUCGACCCCUCGAUCUCGAGAUCGAAAGCUUAAGCAAGAGCACUGACGUGCUUGUGCACUUGCUGCCGCUUCGACCUCAUCCCGAUCCUAAGCUCCCGCAUAAGACUCCCAAGGGGAAAGGCAAAGGUAAGGCCGCUGAUCAAAACCAGGACGAUGGGAAGGCGCCUAAGUACACAUUGCCCGAUGGAUGUGUUCCCAAGAGCGAGGACGGCAAACCCUGGUGUUUCCUGUGGAAUCAGGGCCGAUGCAAGUUCAAGAAUCCAAAGAAGGGCCGAUGCCCUCGGGGCUUCCACGGGUGCUAUUACCGAGGGUGUGGCAGGCCAGUGCCAUUCAUCGAGUGCACUCACACCGAUCCCGCCUGA